AUAAAGCUGAAUGUAGGAUCAGAUUCUUUUGUUGAUGUUGGACUUAUAGAUAUGUACUUCAAAAGUGACUUGAUGAAUGAUGCUAGAAUGGUUUUUAAUUUGAUGCCAGACAAGGACUUAAUUGCAUGGAAUGCUGUUAUCUCCGCGCUUUCACAAAAUGGGGAAGACAUGGAAGCUGUAUCGUUGUUUCCUUCGAUGCAUAAGGAAGGAGUUGGAUUCAAUCAGACUACCUUAUCAACAGCACUUAAAUCCAUUGAUAGCUUGCUCAAUGUCUGCAAACAAGUUCAUGCACUCUCUGUGAAAUCAGGACUUGAGUCUGACCGUAACGUUGUAAACAGCCUUAUCGAUGCAUAUGGAAAAUGCACCCUUCUAGAAGAUGCAACAAGAAUGUUCAGAGAGUGUUUGAUCGUAGAUUUGGUGGGAUUCACGUCUAUGACCACAGCUUAUUCUCAGUCCGGACAAGGUGAAGAAGCUCUUAAUCUGUAUUUGCUAGAUAGAGGGAUAGAGCCGGAUCCAUAUGUUUGUAGUUCACACCUAAAUGCAUGUGCGAAUCUAUCAGCAUAUGAACAAGGGAAACAAGUGCACGUACACGUCUUGAAGCACGGAUUUACGCAUGAUAUCUUUUCCGGAAAUUCUCUCGUCAACAUGUAUGCCAAAUGCGGAAGCAUAGAUGACGCUGAACGUGUGUUCUCUAAAAUUCCUGAGAGAAGAAUUGUCUCAUGGUCUGCAAUGCUAGGAGGACUAGCUCAACAUGGCCAUGGGAAAAAGGCCCAACGGGUGUUCAAUCAAAUGCUUAAAUACGGUGUUUCCCCCAAUCAGAUAACUUUAGUCAGUGUCCUUUGUGCUUGUAAUCAUGCAGGUUUGUUAACUGAAGCCCAGAAAUACUUCAGAUCAAUGAAGGAGUUGUUUGGAUUCGAACCUAUGCAGGAGCAUUACGCUUGCAUGAUCGAUAUACUUGGUCGAGCUGGGAGAUUAGAUGAGGCAAUGGAACUUGUAAAUACAAUGCCUUUUCAAGCAGAUGGCUCAGUUUGGGGGGCACUUCUCGGUGCUGCUAGAUUCCAUAAGAAUGUCGAGCUCGGCCAACGUGCUGCAGAGAUGCUUUCGAAUCUUGAACCGGAAAAAUCCAGCACCCAUGUUCUUCUUGCCAACAUAUACGCAUCAGUUGGAAUGUGGUAUAAUGUAUCAAAGAUGAGAAGACUCGUGAAAAACUGCAACAUGAAGAAAGAACCGGGGAUUAGUUGGAUUGAGGUUAAAGACAAGAUACACACUUUCAUAGCCGGAGACCGAAGCCACGUUCAGAGUGAAGAACUCUAUGCGAAACUCGAUGAGCUAGGUGAGCGUUUGAUCAAAGCUGGCUAUGUUCCGAAGGUGGAGUCCGAUCUUAAUGACGUGGAACACGGUGAAACAGAAAAACUCCUAUAUCAUCAAGAGAAACUUGCAGUAGCCUUCGGAUUGAUUGCCACCCCACCAGGAGCUCAUAUUAGAGUGAAAAAGAAUCUUAGAGUCUGAGAUUGCCAUACUGCAUUCAGAUUCAUUAGUGAAAUAGCCUCCAGAGAAAUCAUUUUGAGAGACAUCAGCAGAUACUACCAUUUUAAAGGUGGCUCAUGCUCUUGUGGGGAUUAUUGGUGAUCAUAUAAAA